AAUACCUUUGACUUGCAAACAUACAGAUAUGCUGGCAACUGAGCUGUAACAAGGGAAAUUAGAGCCGCUGAGUAUACGCAAGAUAAAAGAUGGCAGGAAACUCCAAAAGAUUAUUUAAUUUUCUAGUACUUUUUUCUUUUGUUAGUGUCGCAUGUUUUGUGCUGGUUUUAUUCUACUCCAGAAGAAGCUUUGGGGUUAUUGUUCCUGAGAAACAUAUUUUGACACUGGGAAACAAAACAUUUUCAGGGAUGGUAAAGGAGCAAGUCGCGAAGCUGUUGGAGAGGAGGAUCAAAGCCUCAAACAAAAGCAGUGAGAUGGCACCGACACCAUCUGCUGUCAGCUUAACUUUGGGCCCCUGCCCUGAAAACCCCCCAGAUCUCAUAGGUCCACUCCUCGUUGAGUUUGAUUUUGGAAGGACUUGGGAACAUGUGAGAAAGGAAGUCAGUCCUUUGCUUCAAAAAGGAGGAAGGUUCAAGCCAAAAGACUGUGUUGCAAAGCAGAAGGUGGCAAUCAUCAUCCCAUUCCGGAAUCGGCACGAGCAUUUGAAGCACUGGCUUUAUUACUUGCAUCCUAUACUGAAGCGACAGCUUGUGGACUACGGAGUCUAUGUCAUCAACCAAGAUGGAGAGGGAGUCUUCAAUCGGGCUAAACUGAUGAAUGCAGGAUAUGUCGAAGCGCUCAAGGAAUAUGAUUAUGACUGCUUCCUCUUCUCUGACGUAGAUCUGGUUCCCCUAAAUGACCGUAACCUCUACAGAUGUUUUGACAAUCCACGACACUUGGCUAUAGGCAUGGACAAAUUUAAUUUCGACUUACCCUAUAAGACCUUCUUUGGUGGGGUCGCUUCAUUGUACAAACAUCAGUACUUGAAAAUUAAUGGGUUCCCAAACACCUACUGGGGUUGGGGUGGUGAGGACGAUGAUAUCUACAAACGAAUAGUCUUACGUGGAAUGCAGGUUUCUCGACCUGACUUACUGACGGGGAGGUACAGGAUGAUCAAACAUCAAAGAGACGCGCACAAUGACCCAAAUCCAAAGAAUCCUGAUAAACUGUUUCAAACACAUUGGACCAUGAAUGCGGAUGGCAUCAAUUCCCUCAAAUACACAGUAAAGAACAUUGAGAAGGAUAUCUUGUACACUUUUAUCACUGUAGAUAUCGGCUCUCCUGAAUGAUCUGCCUGAAUGCAAUUUAACUCUCUUGGGUGGCCAGUGAUUCAUUGGUGUUUUGAUCUCAGAACUGAACGAGUGACUUAUGCUCUUAAAAUCUCUGUGAAUCCAAUUUGCCCUAAAAUAAAUAAAUAAAUAAAUAAUUAAUUUAGGUAUCCACUCCAACAAAAGGAAAAUGUUGAAAUUCUGAAUAUUCAAGCAACUCAUUUUUUUCAUUUUUUUUUUUUUUUUUUGCUGCACUGGGACAAACAGGGAAAUUCCAGUGCUUGUUUCUACUUUAUUUUUUUUUUUUUAACUCUGCAAAGUAUAAGCAAUUAUAGGUGAUGAUUUCAUCUGUUUUGCAAACAGCAAAUAACAAGCAGUAUAAUGUCUUCUAGCUGGGUUUGAUCAGCUGUUAAGUAACCUACCAGUUUAGAUUAGAUUAGAUGAAACUUUAUUAAUCCCUCGGGUGGGUUCCUCUGGGAAAUUUAGUUUCCAGUAGCACAGCACCAACAGAAGUUGCAUGUUACAGAUACUAUAAGGGGAAUGAGAGUAAGGAUAUAAGCAUUAAUAUACCAUAUAUAUACAUAUACAUAUAUUUUAAAAAGUGUGUUAUAACUGUGCGCUAUAUCUAAGAGGUAGAAAGUAAAGUAACUAAAGGAAGGUGAAAAAAAGGUUUAAAUUUAAUGCUUAAGAACCUACCAACGAGCAUGAUAAAAGGGUACACUAUUGCAUAUUAGAUAUUCUUAGAGAAGAUAAGAACAUUAAAACUGCUGUCUCAGAUGAAUGAAUGAAUGAAUGAGUGAGUGAGUUAAUUCAGUUCAGUUCAAAUCAAUGUUAUAGAGCACCUAUUAUAUAAUUUAUAUAUUUUUUAAUAUGGGAGUAAGUAGAUUAAUUCCAACACUGGCUUCGUUUUUAAGCCUCAGGAGUUGCCAUUUGGCACCAACAGAGGCAGCCACGGCCGCUGUGUCUGCUCAAUGUUUGUGCUAAUAGUGUCUAUUUAGAGCAUUUGGAUUUCAAUUACUUCACAAGUGAGACUGUAUACUAUGGAAUUUAUUUUCAUCAUAAAAUGAAAUGACAGAUGGUAAAGUCAGAAUUUCAAUUCAUAAACAACAUAAAAGCAUGGAUCCAUUUGACCUUGUGUCAACUUUUCAGGCAGCUAGUGGUGGUGUAAUGGUGUGGGAUAUUUUCUUAGCACACUUAGAGACAAGAAAAACUUCGGCAAUAUUUUUUACAUAUUUUUUCUCUAAUAUUUUUAUCGGGGAAAACUAUUAUCAUUUAAUCACAAUAACCUACCUGAGUGUUAUAGCUGAGCAUGUUCCUCCCAUUUCCCAGAAAGAUAGCACACCAUGUCACACAGUUCAGAUUCUGUCUAACCAGUUUUUUGAGCAUGAUAAUGCAUUUUCUCUACUCACAUUCCUCGACAAGCACUAAUUCAACAGAGCACCUUUGGCAUGUGGUUGAACAGAAGAUCUCCAUCAUUACUGUACAGCUGACAAAUUUACUGCAACAAUGUGUUGGCAAAGGUCAUUAUGGAUCAAAACCUCUGAAUGUUGCCAGC